CGGGCAGGCAGGCGUCUCGUGCCUGCCGCUAAACCUGAGAAUUUGACCCGGCCUCCAACAACCUGGAGGCUAGAGCCCCCCCAGAAAAUCAAAAUAACCCGCCAUCUACGUAGCACAUACGCAAGCCCCAGUUUUUAACCGAAUAAUACUCCUCAUUUCCCGGCUUCUACUCGAGCUAGUAGUCAGUGUGCAUCCAGCUAGCUAGAGGUAGAGCGUAGGAGGAGUAGUAAAACUGGUGCCACGCUUCCGUGAAGGCGGGAUCACCGGCGCCGGCCCAUUCCAUACGCUCGCUAGCUCGCAGCUGGCUCAGGAGUCCCAUGGAAGCAACCACUCCCCUCUUAACGCCACAUUGAAUCCCAAUCAACGCCAGCGUCCGUCCGUCCGUCCGUCCCCUCCACCAUACGCCAUAGCUAACCCCGCAAGCUUCCUCGACCGACCGGCCGGCUUCGUACGCCCGUGCAGAGCCAGUGCGACGUCCAUCUCCUGCCACCCGGCUGGGCUAGCUAGCUAGCUACCUUGUCCUCCUGUGGCUCGCCGCGCUCCAUGACUCCCCAGGCCUGCGCGCGGAGGCCAUGAGACGACCCGGCGGCGCCGCCCCCGUCGUCGUCCUCCUCCUCUGGCUCGCCGCGCUCACCUUCGCCUUCCACGGCUGCGGCGGCGGCCUCCUCCGUUGCGGAAGCUCGGUGGCCGUGGUUGAGCGGGAUCGUCGUCCGGCCUCUCUUCCCAGGAAGAUGCUUCUGGCCGUGGAGAGCCGGAGCCUCGACCCCUCGUCGGCCGCCGGUGCUCCACAAGAUCAACACCACCACCACCACCACCAUCAUCAUCGUGCUGGUCACCACCAUCGUCAACGGCACCACCGCCUCCCAAGCAAAUGGAACUGGCAGAGAGUCCCGCCGUCCGCCGCUCCCGGGGACGGCGAGGAGGUCGACCCGCGGUACGGCGUGGAGAAGCGCCUCGUCCCGACAGGCCCGAACCCGUUGCAUCACUGAGGGCCGCCGGGCUUCCAUCCAUGGGCGAUUCUUCAUGUACUUAUCCUGAUCAGAAGCUGCAAAAGCAUGCAAGGGGGAGGGAGAAAAAGAACCGAAAUUUUACUAGCUGUGGUACAUAUGAAUUAUUAUGUUGUUGUGUUGUUGUUGAGUAUGCGUCUCUUCCUCUUUCACAUUUGUAGUUUGUCCAUUCUUUGAUUUUCUCUGCUAGCUGCAUGAUCAAAAUCUUGGCAUGAAUAAGAUGAGUACGACUGCAGGUGACAUUUGCAUGUACUGCAUAAGAUCGAUUAUUUGCAGUGAUCUGUAAUUAUUUCACUCUGUGCUUUA